AAUGGGAACGCGGCGGGCGGUGGGGCAGAGGUACCGGGUGCUGGUGCGGUUUCGGCUUCAGGACCCCCCGGAGCGGCGGGUCCUGGCCCCGGACAACUCUGUUGUCUGCGGGAGGACGGCGAGCGGUGCGGGCGCGCGGCUGGCAAUGCCAGCUUCAGCAAGAGGAUCCAAAAGAGCAUCUCGCAGAAGAAGGUGAAGAUCGAGCUGGAUAAGAGUGCAAGACAUCUUUACAUUUGUGAUUAUCACAAAAACUUAAUUCAGAGUGUUCGGAACAGAAGGAAGAGGAAAGGGAGUGACGACGAUGGAGGAGAUUCGCCUGUCCAGGAUAUCGAUACUCCAGAGGUUGAUUUGUACCAAUUGCAAGUAAAUACACUUAGAAGAUACAAAAGACACUUCAAGCUUCCAACCAGACCAGGUCUUAAUAAAGCACAACUUGUUGAGAUAGUUGGUUGCCACUUUAGGUCUAUUCCCGUGAAUGAAAAAGACACCCUAACAUAUUUCAUCUACUCGGUGAAGAACGACAAGAACAAAUCAGAUCUCAAGGUCGACAGUGGUGUUCACUAGGUGGCUUUCACACUAGCACGUGGGUGUCUGGCUGUAAAGAAUGUUUACUGUUUUUCAUAUGUAGAAAUGUUCUUGUGUAUUUUUUCUACAGAGGAUUUUCUUUGGCUUUUUUUUUUUGUUUGUCUUUGAUUCUAAUAAUUAGUUGGAAACUCAUAUAAACUGAGCUUCCUAAAUUAAAACUAUUUUAAAUAAAGGUUAUUACUAUUA